UCAAACUUUACCUCCCCAUCAUUCAUCAUUUUAAAUUGCAUAAAGAGGGGGAAUAUAAACAAAACAUAUAGUCAAAGAUUCAAAAUCCAAUUUGACAGAGACCGAGGAGGAGGUGUAGGGUGUCCCGCAACUCCACACUCAAAUGUAACAUUGAACCGAACGUUACGAAAAUGCAAAACAAACCGCCAAGCCCCUAACCCACGUGUCUACUUCCUCCUAUGUGUCUCCCCCUCGCGACAGCUGCUCCCCGCUGUUAUCGAUUUCUCAGACACCUGUGUUCUUUCUCCUUCUGUCUCUCUGUCUCUUUCUCGCUGUGAAAGCGGCAUCUUCUCAAGGACCCAAAUUGCUGUUUUUGACAGAAAUUCAUGUAUUAGGUCGGUAGCAGCUUUUCUUUUAUCCUUAAUACUGAUACCCAUUUGGAUUUUCUUGUGUAAAAUACCCCUUUGAUCCCAAAAACGUUGACCCAUUUUGGUAUUUGAGCCAGUUCGACAAGAAAAAUUCUAUCUUUGGUUUAUGCAAGCGCCAUUGGCUACUGAAUUCAGAGAAUCGUUGGCCUAAUUCAGUUGUUGAAGAAGACUCGGUUUUCCGCCUUUUCGGUGGUUUUGAGGGCGGACUGGGUGAGUGGCAUUGGAAAUGAAUGGGAUUGAGGAGGAAGAAACUGCUUUUGAGAUUGGGGUGGUGGUUCCAAAGAGGAAUCUGAAGGACGAAAACGAGGGUUUUGAUUGUGUGGAGUUUCUUGUUGAUGAGUUCAGGAAGGUGGGUUUGAUUGUUGAAAGAGUCCAAGGCAUUGCUGAUGAGUUUAUCAAGCUGGCAGCACCUUUGGAGACUUUGGGAAGGGCUGCUGCAGAAUUACACUUAAAGAAAAGGACUCACAUUGGGAUGGAUUUACAAUUUGAAUGGGAGGAGGUUGAAGCUUUUGUGAGACAGCCUGAUGGUUCAUUGUUCAGUUGGUGUGAGCGUUUUCAUUGUUACCAUCACUUAAUAUAUGGGAUUGUGAACAAGAGCCAGUCUGCUGUAACUUUAAAAUUUGAUGGCCAAGAGUUCCAUUGGGAAGUUGGUGAAUGUUUAGUUCGGAAAUUGGAAUCAGAGCAUUUUGUAAGACAAGUCUUUCCUUUGCAUGAUGAAAUAAAGAGGAAGAAGCUCCUUAAAAUUUGGGCGCUCAACUGGUGGGAACUUACGAACCAGCCAAUCGAUGAGGUUUAUUCAUAUUUUGGGACAAAGAUUGCAAUCUAUUUUGCUUUCCUUGGAAUGUAUACGCGGUGGAUGUUCUUCCCAGCUGCAUUUGCUAUCACUUUGCAGUUAAUUGAUUUUGGGUCGUUGCAGUUAUUGGUGCUCCCUAUUUUCUUCGUAGGCAUAAUACUGUGGGCUGUAAUGUUUUCCCAGUUCUGGAAACGUAAAAACUCUGCCCUUUUAGCAAGAUGGCAGAUCAGUUAUUCAGCUGGAGUGGACCUAGGACAUAAACUUCUGGGCAUGGAGUGGAGUUCGCUACAGUCACCUGUGGAACUAUUAAGAAAAUGGGGGACCGAUAAAACAAACGAGAAAGAAGUGUACCAACGAAAUGAGUGGUUUGGAUGUCUCAUGAGAUUCAGAAAUGAUGCUAUAGUUAUCUUGAGUAUUAUAUGCCUUCAAUUGCCAUUUGAGUUGGCCUAUGCUCAUCUCUACGAGGUUAUCGGGUCUGACUUUUUGAAGUUUACGCUGACAGCCGUUUAUCUUCUUGUCAUUCAGCAUUUUACAAGGGUUGGGGGCAAGAUAUCGGUCAAGCUCAUUAAGUAUGAAAACAAUGAAACCACAGAAAAAAGGGCUGACAGCUUGGUCUACAAGGUCUUCGGUCUUUAUUUCAUGCAAUCAUACAUUGGAAUUUUCUAUCAUGCCCUCCUGCACCGGAAUAUUUUGACUCUCCGCCAAGUCUUGACUCAGCGCCUGCUUGUGUAUCAGGUGUUUGAGAACUUGUUGGAAAAUAGUUUACCCUAUCUAAAGUACAGCUACAAAAAGUACAGAGUUAGAAACAAGAAAAAACGUGAAAAAGGAUCGUCAAUCGGGAAGAUCCAGUUUACUUCUAGGGUAGAGAAAGAGUACCUGAAGCCUUCUUAUUCCGCAAGCAUCGGCGAGGAGCUUGAGGAUGGGCUAUUUGAUGACUUUUUGGAGUUGGCAUUGCAGUUUGGGAUGAUCAUGAUGUUUGCUUGUGCAUUCCCCCUUGCAUUUGCCUUCUCUGCUGUGAACAACAUUACAGAAAUUAGAACAGAUGCAUUAAAGCUGCUUACCAUGUUUAAACGACCCAUCCCUCGUGCUGCCACUAAUAUUGGAGCUUGGCUAAACAUUUUUCAGUUCCUGAUAGUGAUGUCAAUAUGCACCAACUGUGCAAUUCUAGUAUGGUUAUAUGAUCAUGAGGGGAAUUGGAGCAUAGAACCUGGACUUGCGGCUAUUCUGGUCAUGGAACAUCUCCUCCUGUUGAUUAAGUUUGGAUUCUCCCGCUUUGUUCCCGAGGAACCGGCUUGGGUAAGAGCCAGUCGAGCGAAAAAUGCGACGCAGGCGCAGGACAUGUGUUCGAAACAGCUCUUGAGGACCAUAUCUGUUGGCAAAAAGGCAUUUGGCCCGGUGAAGGAGGAAUAAUGAGAGUGACCUAGAGCCUGUAUUUUGUUGGACCGAAGAACAAAAGAACCAUGGGUUUGUCCUCCAAUACUUCUUCAAGCUGAUCGCAGCAGUGGAUAACGAAUUUGCCUGCAUUUAGGUCAGUCAGCGGUGGAUCUUGGAUGCUAGUGUUCUUUUAGGGAAAUUUUGCAUAGUCUACUAUAUGAUUUUUCUUUCCCCCUUAAAUUAUAGUGGUUCUAAGGUUUUGGUAAAAAGGGAUUUUUGGGUACACGUUUUUGGUCUUGGAGGUAUAUUAUCAUUUCGUUGUACAAAAUGGUUUUCCUUUUUUCUUAUGCUACGUCUUUUUCUUGUUCUUUUUGCGUUUCCUGAAGGAAUUGUACGACAAAAUGACUGCAAUGUUUGCACGUAAUGACAGCAAGAUUGUUACUUUUUUU